CUGUGGAAGCAAUAUGCGCUUGCACCAGGGGUUCUGUGAAACCUAGGCGGUUGGCGUGGGCCUUACUUGCCUACGCCAUUCAUAUCUUCCCCGGCAAGGUCUCUGGAGGAUGGGUGAAGGCAGCAGCGGCGCAUCUUUUACCCGCUUCGCAUCACGCGCUCGCCUCAAAUUUCCCGUGUGGCUCGCAAUUCAGGGUAUGAAUCAUCGGCAGGGAUAUAUUCAAGGCUGUUAUCGGUCGGGUCUUCUUGGUUUCAUCGGAAUACGAUCCAGCUUGAGAGCUGCUCUUGGAUGUCUACGGAGGAAUAGGUCGCAAUACCUACUGAAAAGGAAGACAGGCUGCGUGCGGCCUGACUUUGUGUUGACGAUUUUACUUUUUCUGUUCCCUGAGUUUGCCGUUUCAAAAUUCGUUCCUUUGCUUUUCUUUUUCUUGAAAACCUGGAUGAUAGAGUUAUGAAAGGGUCACGAAUACUAAGAUCUACUAUUCAAUCAAGUUCCACCUAACUAAUGCGUAGUU